AUGCCGUCAGGACGGUCAGUACUGCUGAUUGGAGACAUUACACACUGCAGAAAGGAGUGGCAGGAAUUUUCGCAGCUGGCAACCCUCAAGGAGUUCCCAACCGGAUCUAGGCAGGAGUUCCUGGCCAACUGCAAGAAUGGUAGAUACGAUGAUGUGAUAGCCAUAUAUCGGUCCAAUGUAUCGACAGCCGUGUGUAUCCCCCUGCAUGCUCUAUCCUCCUUUCCCUUGUUUUUGACUAUUACCGGGCCCUUUGAUGCAGAGCUAGUCAGGGCUCUCCCCAAGUCACUAGCAUACAUUUGCCACAAUGGUGCUGGCUAUGACAAUAUUGAUACCACGGCCUGCUCAGAUAGAGGAAUCCGUGUGUCAAGCACACCAAUUGCCGUCAACAAUGCUACCGCAGAUAUCACAAUCUUUUUGAUGCUUGGCGCUUUGAGACAGGCAUAUGUUCCGAUUUCCGCUAUCCGGGCCGGUCAGUGGCAGGGGAAGACCAAAUUAGGCCAUGAUCCCCAGAUGAAGGUCCUUGGUAUUUUGGGAAUGGGCGGCAUCGGCAGGCAACCCCUCCCCCUUGCUGUUGCGAAGUUUAAACUGAUGGAGACGGUAUCACGCCGCGCAAAAGUUUUUGGCAUGAGGGUCAUCUACCACAACCGAAAUCGACUUUCGCCAGCUCUAGAAGAAGGGGCUUCCUACGUCUCCUUUGAUCAGCUAUUGGCCCAGUCUGAUGUACUAAGCCUUAACCUGUCUCUCAAUGCAUCGACCCGCCACAUCAUCUCCCACCGGGAGUUUGCAAAGAUGAAGGACGGGGCGGUGAUCGUGAACACUGCUCGAGGGGCGCUGAUUGACGAAAAAGCGCUCGUCUCCGCUUUGAAAUCUGGAAAGCAACAGGUGAGUUCGGCUGGCCUCGAUGUAUACGAGAACGAGCCGUGCAUCGAGCCGGAGCUGCUAGAUAACCCCAAGGUGAUGCUGCUCCCACACAUCGGAACCGCUACAUACGAGACACAGAAGGAAAUGGAACUGCUGGUCCUUGAAAAUCUGCGAUCGUGUCUCCAAUCGGGGAAAUUGAUCACCCCUAUUCCGGAGCAGCGAGAUGCAUGGAAGAACCAGGCCAGCACCAGCAUCGUCAAGUGCAACGGCAACGGCAACUGCACCAGUGGACGACAUAAUGGACGCAACGGUCACAACGGACACGUAUUCCAUGGACACAUCUAG